AUCUGGUACAAGAACAGAGAGUUUCUCUAUGAGGACUGGUCUCCCUGGUACCAAGAGCUGCUCAGCAGUGAGGAAGCAGCCACAUACUCCUGUGCUGUCAAAGGCUACGAGCAUCUCAGAGCCCCUCAAGUCUCUGUGGGUUCCAUCACAGAGACCUGCUUCAGUGUGACCUAUGCUAAAGGGAGAAUGUGUUCUUCUCAGCAGACAUCAGUGGACGAGUCCUGCUCCAUCACAUAUCCCAGAGAAAUUCAUGUCCAGAGGACUCCUGCUGAACACAGAGGUCACAUCAGACUGACCUGUAACAGCAGCUGUUUUCUGACUGAGCCUCUGAUUUCCUUUGUGUGGUAUGAGACAGAAAGCCUACAGUGCAGGAGGGAAAACAGAUUCUAGUUUCCAUCUCUCAUCCAGACAGUUUGUCUUGUGCUGUAAAAGGUCUUGAGGAUGUGCGCUCUGCUGACAUCUGUGUUAAUGAUGAUUCCUGCUGGAGUUUGAAUUAUGUCCACAGCAGAAUCUGUGCUCUGGAAGGAUCUUCAGUCAACAUCUCCAGUAAAUACUCACAUCCUGACUACGAGCAGAUACAGUCUAAAUGUUGGUAUAAAGUCAAGAGAAAUGCUGAGGAGGACAUCAGGAGGAACCUGACAGAGGAUGCAGAUCAUGUGGAGUAUGAUGACAGCAUGAAGAACCAACACAUCCUCAGAUUAAAGAAGCUGAAGAGAGAUGACUCAGCAGAAUACAGGUUCACCAUCACAACAGAAAAUGAAGAAGUGAAACAGUCUGAUUUUCCUGGAGUUACUCUGACUGUCACAGAGCUGAGAGUGAAGAUGAGUCCUUCUGCAGUAGUGACAGAGGGUCAGAGAGUCACACUGACCUGCAGUACCAGCUGUCCUCUGACUGACAACACAAACUACAUUUGGUACUUGAACAGUCAACAUCUGAACACGACAGAGAACCAGAACAAACAUCUGAUCCUAGACCCAGUCAGCAGGGAGGAUGCAGGAAGCUACUCCUGUGCUGUGAAAACCAACAAAGAAAUCAGCUCUGCUCCAAAGACUCUCACUGUCCAAAGUAUCACAGGAACAUGGACACCAGCAGCUGCAGGAGGUUCUGCAGCUCUGCUGGUUUUAAUACUUCUGACUGUCUGCUUUUUGACCAGAAAAAAGAGGUCAGGAAAUGAAACAGUGGAGAACUUCAAGUAUGAAAGCUUCUCACCUCCGCUGGCAGAGGAGGAACCUGACUACAGUGAAAUCUGCUUGUCCAAGAAUAAAACAGAGACUCUCUACUCCACUAUUCAGCCAUUUCAACCACAAGAGCAGGACCAUCACCCCUAUGAUGUUGUGGACUUGAGAAACAAGACUGCUCCUGAGCUCAAUGAACAGGCUCUGGACACCUAGAAACUUUACAACACAUCAACCUAAAGAAGAUAAAAUAUAACAACACAUCUGGCUGUACAGGACUUGAGUGAAUUUGUUGAGAUGUUGGCUUUUUUUUGAUGAGUAUUUACGUGUUGUGGGUGCUCUUGACAGCAUUAAUGGAUACGCUUAUAGGAAUUGAAACUAAGUGACUAGGGAGGCUGAGCAGCUCUUGAUCUUGAGACGCUCACUCUCAGGCUCUGCCUCACACCAAAUAAGAGGAAGCCUCAAAACCUGUGCUUUUUGUAUAGUGUGUAAUUAAAAGCACUAGUCUUUCACACAUUACAAAAUCUCAGUUAAGUCUUGGAAUUUUCCACUGAAUACAUAAUGAACUGUUUCCCAAAAAUGUGCCUUUUUAGGAGUUAUUACUUUUUAGUAUCAAACUGGGAGUCUUAUUUAACCUUCUUAACUAUCAUCUACUGUUUUAAUCAAAACUGUUGACUAGCAGGUUUGCAAGUCAGAGAUGUUUUGCCAGGUUAUGGUUAUGGUUAUGCAAGCAAGUUACUCUUGUAGACUUUCAGGCAUUGCAGAGACACUACAGAAGAAAGAGACUGGUUACUCCAAGACUGCAGAGUUGACAACAGGAUAAGAGGUCAUAGAAACACAACUUCCAGGUGGAGGAAAGUCCAACUCCAGUCCUCUAGAGCUACUGUCCUGCAGCUUUUAGACGCAUCCUUGUUCUGACACACCUGAAUCAAAUGAAUGGCUUGUUACCAGGCCUUUGCCAAACUUGAUGGCAUGCUGAAGAGGUAAUCCAAUCAUUUGAUUCAACUGUAUUGGAAUAGGGAUGCAUCUAAAAGCUACAGGAGAGUAGCUCUCGAGGACUGGAGUUGGACACACAGGAUUUAGAGAUUCAUAAAUGACUUCCCAAGUUCCCAGAUGUAAUUCUGUCAAGUUUCAAGACUUGCUAGAAGCAUUCUGGAGCAAGAUAACGAAAAUAAAUUCUCAACCAACAUGAAACAUCUGCCGUCAGAUGACAUAUACCCAGUUAAUUGGAUAUUUUAAUAAAAUAUAGUAUUAUAAGUAAUUCUUUUUUCAACUUUUGCUUUUAUUUAGGCUACAGUUAUAAAUUUUACAUUUUAAUAAGCCGGGGUCCCUAUCAUUUCUUGUCUACUUUUAUAGUUACACAUAAUAUGUUUUAUAAUAUCAAAGGUUCUCAUGUGUUUUCAGUAUUUGCCAUAAUCAUGUGCAUUUGUCAUAUGCUGUGGGAGUGUCUGGUCGGGUGUGGUCCAGGUUCCUGUUGUCCGUCCCCUGGGGUGGAGUUGGCCAGCUCAUCACCUGCUUCCAAUUUCCGGGGCUCCAUCUAGAGGGUUUUUAAGCCAGCACUGCCUGCUACUCCUCGCCAGUUCGUCCUGCUACCACCCGUGAUUCAUCACCCGUCGUACUCACCAGCAGUGCUGGUUCUGUUUCCGUCCCGUUCUCCCGUCUGCCCAGAACCCGAGGACCACACACUCAUCUUCUCCUCAGCCUGCCCUCCAGCCCGUACUUCAACCUCCCUGGACACCUUGGAACCUGGACCAGCCUCCCCACACUCUCAACCAUCCCUGGAACGCUCCCACGGCAACCCCUUCCCCGCCUAAUAGCCGGUGUUUUCAAAAGUUCCCGCCCGUGUUCUCCCUGUGUUCUACGUCCGUUUCUCCGCCCUCGGGCCUCCCUCAGUUCCUGCGAAUGAUUUCUGUUAGACCCAGUCUUGUUUAAGUUCCUUUUCCUUUCAAUAAAUUGUACAUAGUUCGAGCAAUUGAGUCUGCUCUUGAGUCCACUGCAUCCUUGUUUGUGACAUUAUGUUAUUU